AUGUGUGCGAGCUGUGUGUGGGAUGCUGGCGCGAAGUUUGCGAGUGAAGCGGCAGUGCUGCUCUCAAAGGGGAAAGUUAGCAAGCCGAAGCCGCACUCAAAGCCGAGCUACGUUGCGCACAGCAGGAAUGAUGACAUCGAUGCCUCCAUCAAAACCGUCAGGGACAUGGCUUCCGCGCUGCGUCUGGAGGUGGACAGCCGGCGACGAAAGGUCGAUGAGGUUCUGGGCGCGCUGCGAGAGGACCUCAAGCGCCUGGAGGAGAAGGGAGAUAGCAGCUCGGCGAAUCUGCAGAGCCUGACAGAGGAGGCGACGGCUGUCCUCAGUCAGAGGCUGGAGGAGCGCCUGCAACACUGCCAAGACCUGGAGGCUACGCUCCACCGGCAUGCCGACGUGCACGUGAGCAUGCACGCAAAGAUCGACGGGAACAAGGAUGAGCUGGAGAAUCAGAUAAAUCUCGUGGAGUCUUCGCUGAUCAAACAGGAUGAAGAUCUCCACAGGGAGAUCAACGAACGGGUCGAUGCUGUGGAAAGACACCACUCGAGCAUCUCCAAGGAGACCGCCAAGCGCCUGAACGCGCUCGACCUGCGUAUCGCGGGCCUGCAAGGAAACAGGGUGGCGGGGGGGCAGCCCGGGGGUAAGCUGUUUCUAGCACCGGGAGUCCAGGAGCAGCAGUGGAGACCCAUCACCGGGGUGGAGCACAUCUUUUCCGAGGUGAUGAUGGUGGAGGAUGAAUUGGCCGAUCAGGAGCGUAGUGGGACCUACCACUCCAAAUCGCAGGUCCCUGAGACCACCGUUGACGUGGGAGCAGGCCCCAGAGCCUCAGGCCCCACUCUUCACACGUGA